GUAUCAAAACUUCAAGGUGAAGUUUUCCAUCUGACUGCAGAAAAGACGCGAUUGAGUGAAGAACUGAAACAGGCACUGGAACACACGAUUGAGCUGAAGGAACAGGUUGAUGCUGCUCUUGGUGCUGAUCAAAUGGUCAGUGUACUCACUCAAAAGAACCUAGAGUUGGAGGAGGCAGUGGAGAAACUCACUGAGGAAAGAAACGACUUGGAAUCUCUGUGCGAAAUGAAUGAUGAGUUGUUGGAAGGUGAACGUGAACGACAGUUGGAGUUGGCAGAGCAAGUUGACCUGGCGCGAGGUCAAAUGCGCGAGCUGGUACGUCAGUUGGAGGCAAGUAGGGAGACAGUGGCAGACUACGAGCAAACUAUCUCGAAGUUCCGCGAGGUCGUAACUCAACUCCAAACGCAGAACACCCAACUGGGUCAGGCUCUCGCCGACGCGCGCCGUUCCGCGAGCUCUGCUAGUCUUGCCGCCAUGGCAGCGGACCAAUCGGCUACUGCCGCCGAGGCUUCUGCUCUCAUGCUUGGCAAUCCAGCGGGCAAGCAGAUGGAAGCUCAGACCGUUGCUAAGGUAAUGCCUCCGUUUUCCCGGUUAAAUUGA